UGAAGAGUCACCAGAAUUUUAAAAAGGUGCAAAAAAUUAACACAUGAGUGUGGCGCCUUUUUAUGUGUUAUGGAAAUCGAUUAAUGUGAGAAAUAGGUGGAGGGAAAAGAGAAAAGAAAGAUGAAUGAAAGAAAGAUUUGCAGAAAUUUUCAGCGCGGCAGUUGUCAAUAUGGGGAACGCUGUAAAUUUCUGCACGUGACUCAGCAACAGUCAAAACCUAGUGCCUUCGGAUUCGGUGUCCUGAGCGGUUCACAGUUUAACCAACAACAGCCACAACAAAGGCAAAAUCCUUUUGGGUUUGGGGUGCAGAACAGCUCAUAUUCAAAAAGCACAUCUGAUUUUGGCCCCAAAUAUCAGAAUCAAGCCAAGCCAUUUGAAAAUAAGUGGACCCGUUUCUCCCCUAUAGCCGCUGGUAACUCCACGUCAUCUCGACAGACUGAUAAUCAGCCACCUCAGGCGGUUAAUCAUAAGUGUACUGAACCUGAAUUAUGCAAGCAUGAAAUUGCCAAAGAUUUUGAACAUGAAAGACCACUUUGGAAGCUUACCUGCUAUGGCCACUCUAAGAAUGGCCCUUGUGAUAUUAUUGGGGAUAUAAGCUAUGAAGAACUGCGAGCAGCAGCAUACGAGGAUGCCAGACGAGGAAUGAGUUUGCAAGAAAUUGUUCAGAAAGAGAGAAACCUACUCAGUUCCAAGUUAAUUCAAUUUGAGAACUUACUGCGUAACCCAUAUGUGAUAUCUCAAAAACCUAGUUCUUCCACAGCUAGCCUGUUCCCUGGAACCAACGUUAAUGCAUCUUCAGCAGUUGUUUGGAGUAAUGCCCCUCCUCCAGUUUCAAGUUUUGCCCAACUUGGGUCAUCAAUUAAUUCAGGAUUCACCAGGCCUCCUGCACCAUCAAACCAUGCUUUUCGGCAACCAAGUCCUUUCCAAAUUUCCAACCAAACUUCAGGCGUAUUCGGAAGCCAGCUACCAUUGCAUUCAUUUGGAAGUGCACCAAGCUCCAACAUUUUGAACUUCAACAACAGUUCGACAAACGUUGGAAGCAACAUACUAACCUUCUCUCCAGUUGCACUGCCGCACCAUCCCAGUUCUGCAAAUAAUCAGUUAAUCAGCAUCCUCAAUGGGACAGAAAUUGCAGUUAAUACAGUUGGGCAAGCAUCUGUGGAUGCUCUCUCAGUGGAUAACAAGAAAGCAGGAGUUCCGGGAGAGGCAAGUAUUUGGUUGAGGGAGUGGAAACGAGGAGAGGUAAAAGCCCGUAUGGUAGACUUGGAACUUGGGGAGUUGUGCAAAUUGUCUACUUAGGGUGUCUCUUCCACUCAUAUUCCAGAAGAACCACCUCCAGAUGAAUUCAUAUGAAGCAUUUACUACUUGGUGAAAGGAAGAAAAUGUCAGUGAUGACGAGAAGUUAAUUUUCCAUGCUCCUACAGUCUUCCUUUAAAUGGAUGUGCCACACAAUGAUUUACCACUUCAUACCAUGAUACACUAUGCCAAAUGCCGUGGUAACUGAUUUGUCCGAUUGGGUACCUUAUCUUGGACUUGCCGUCAUAGGAGCUGGCAACAAUGCAAUUGAUGGCAAAGCUACUGGCUCUAUGUAUGUAUGCUGCUGCGAUUAAUUUUACAUUCUACAUUUUCAGCGUUUCAUGUUACUGACGCUUAUACAAGAUGGGCGGUUGAGAGCCCAUGCAUUUUCCAUCUACUCAUCUUCUCUAACACGGGAGAUUAAUAGGAUUGGAAAAACCAAAGGAACUGAAUUAUAAGGAGAACAAUCAAUUAUUGAAAGAUCCUAUCCCCUAAUGUUGGUUCAUUUUUUCA